AAUUCCAAUAAAACUCUCCGCUAAACCCUAUCUCACAGGAUGACAGCUCCAACACAGAAGCCAGAAAGUCAGAAGAUCCAGAGUCACAUUCCGUCUACUUUCUCUCCCACCAAACAUUUCCAUCAUCCACUCGUCAUCCCGCCAGCCCCUCCGGAAUCACCAAUCGUCUCUGACUUCUCCGGCGGCAUCGUUUACAAAGAGCUAUUUUCAGCAGCAUUUGUCACGGAUGGCUUCUUCCUUCCGAGCUUUCCUUAACAGUCCAGUUGGUCCAAAAACAACUCACUUUUGGGGGCCUGUUGCCAAUUGGGGAUUUGUUCUUGCUGGAUUGGUGGACAUGAAGAAGCCCCCAGAAAUGAUUUCUGGCAACAUGACAACAGCAAUGUGCAUCUAUUCAGCAUUGUUCAUGAGGUUUGCAUGGAUGGUACAGCCACGAAACUAUCUACUACUGGCUUGCCAUGCUUCAAAUGAGACAGUGCAGCUCUACCAACUUUCCCGCUGGGCCACAGCUCAGGGGUAUUUGUCAGAGAAGAAAGAGGAAGCCUCAUCUCAGUAAAGCAGCCUUCUUUCCUAGCUGCUUUUCUUUCCAUUCCUAGUUUCUGUGAUUUUUAUUCUGAUCCCUGAAGAAUGUUUUUGCUUGAUUCAAAUGAUGAAACUAAACAUUUGUUUCAGAACAAUUUCAAAUAAGCUACAAUUAAAUUGGAAAAAAAAAAAAAACUGAGUUUUGUAUACUAUGACAGAGAUGAAAUACAUGCUAUUUUCAAUAACUUCGCACUAAUUAAACGUUAUCAUUUCUAUUGGAGAAAUUUGAGUCCUCCUGUUGAGACUCGCAUAUUUUCUGUCAAACCUGCCAUACAGCAAGACAUAUUUCCUUGCUUGAAUUUCAACCAUUUGCCACUUCUUUAGCAUGCUUACCUUUUCUCUGGAUUUCAACCCUAAACCCCGAGUGCAAGUAAUAAUUUUGUCAUGACUUUUGCUUCUUUUAUUGGAUUUCAACUUCUUGCUUCCCUCCUUUUCUUUUUGCUCCUUUUCUUUGGAUUUCAACCCUAAACCCCCCCAUCUUUUUUUCUAAUUAUGAGCCUAGAUGCAUUUAAGAUCUCCACCUCCAAGUAAUGGAACGAAUCAUAUGAUUGCAACUUACUUGAGUUGGCUGCUUAGGGUGAUGAUCCUACUCUGUAUAACACUCUUCAUACCUGGAAGGCUGAAAGGGCAAAUCCCUGCUCAAAAAUCUAACACCUAAACCUUAGUCAUGCUUUUUGUCAGGGGAAACAUUCGAUUAGCUUACGAGACCAUUGGCUGAGGUCUUAUUUUUUAAAAAUAAAAAAAUUGUGAAAAAAAAAAAAAGGGACUUGGACC